UUCUUCUUCGUUCUCACAAUUGAAUUCUCACCUGCUCUGGUUUCAGACCAAUAAAACUCAGCCCCUUCGGAGCCCCUCUCUCGCCUGCAAAACCAAACCCCAAUUCUACGAUACCAAUGGCGGCGGCGAGUGGCUUCGCGACUUCUUUAUCAUCAUCUGCUAGUUCUAUUGUUCAUUCGGAUGCUAAAUCCGGAGUUGAUUUUUCCGGCAAUGCCCUCCGUACUCGUAAUUCGUCUUAUUGUUCAGUUGCUUGCUUUCCACCGGCGAAUCGAUUCGCUUGCAAUAGUUUGAGGUAUAAGGUUUUGAUGCCGGGGACGCACUCGAUCAGAUUAAACCCUAGAUGUGAGGUUGCUCCGAACGCCGCCGAGAUCCGAUCCAAGCCGUCGAGCCUUUCGGCUCUGGAGCUCCUCAAGACCUCCGCUGCUGAUCGUUAUACAAAGGAAACUAGCAGUAUUGUGGUUAUUGGGCUUAACUACCACACAGCACCCAUUGAGAUACGUGAGAAGCUUUCUAUCCCCGAAGCACAAUGGCCUCAAGUAAUUAGUGAACUCUGUGCUUUAAAUCAUAUUGAGGAAGCUGCCGUUCUUAGUACGUGCAACAGGAUGGAAAUUUAUGUCGUGGCUCUGUCUCAACAUCGCGGCAUUAAAGAAGUGACCGAAUGGAUGUCUAAGAUGAGUUCAGUUCCAGUUUCAGAGAUACAAGAGCAUAGAUUUUUGCUUUCUAAUAAAGAUGCAACACAGCACCUGUUUGAAGUAUCGUCAGGUCUCGAUUCCCUUGUUCUCGGAGAAGGUCAAAUUCUUUCACAGGUAAAGCAAGUUGUUAAAGGUGGACAAGGGGUGCCUGGAUUCGACCGUAAAAUCUGUGGCAUGUUCAAGCACGCAAUCACUGUUGGGAAACGUGUAAGAACCGAGACCAGUAUUUCUACUGGUUCGGUAUCAGUUAGUUCGGCUGCUGUAGAGCUUGCUAUGAUGAAACUUCCGGAAUCUUCUCAUGCUACUGCAAGAAUGCUGGUUGUUGGAGCUGGCAAAAUGGGAAAGCUCGUAAUCAAACACCUUGCUGCAAAAGGAUGUAAAAGGAUUGUUGUUGCUAAUAGAACAGAGGACAAAGUAGCUUCCAUUCGUGCAGAAAUCAAGGAUGUGGAUAUAGAAUAUAGGCCUCUAUCGGAACUUCUAACAUGUGCUGCAGAAGCCGAUGUUGUUUUCACAUGUACCGCUUCGAAAAAUCUUAUUUUUUCGAAAGAACAAGUGGAGGGGCUGCCGUCCCCUGUGGGCCCACACGUAGGGGGACAGAGGCUAUUCAUCGACAUUUCUGUUCCUCGAAACGUGGGGUCAUCUGUAUCUGAUAUUGAAAAUGUUCAAGUUUAUAACGUUGACGAUUUGAAGGAAGUCGUGGCUGCCAAUAAAGAAGAUCGAUUGAGGAAAGCAAUGGAAGCUCAGGCGAUUAUCGAGGAAGAAGUGAACCAAUUUGAAGCAUGGAAGGACUCUCUCGAGACUGUUCCGACAAUCAAGAAGCUUAGGGCGUAUGCAGAGAGGAUUAGGGCUUCCGAGCUCGAAAAAUGUAUGCCGAAGAUGGGCGAUGACAUCACCAAGAACCAGAAGAAGGCUAUUCACGACCUCAGCAUGGGAAUCGUGAACAAGCUCCUUCAUGGUCCCAUGCAGCACUUGAGAUGUGACGGGACUGAUACACGGUCUUUGAGCGAAAUAUUGGAAAAUAUGCACGCGCUUAAUCGAAUAUUCAGUCUCGACAAUGAUAUAUCUGCGUUGGAGCAGAAAGUACGGGAGAAGCUGGCAAAAAAUCAAAAGGGAGUUUCUUGAUUCUACUCUUUCUUUCGACACUUUCUCCAUGCCCGAAAAUUCGUUUUUUUUUUUUCUUUCUAAUUUCCACAUUCUUUCGAGCCUCGUGAAAUUUUGUAUAGAUGUAGCCUCCAUCGAAGGGAUGUGUCGAAGUCCCGAUUGUUCAAUUUACAGAGUUACAUUCACUAUAGGAGAGAAACAAAUCAAUUUUGUUUCCAUAAAGAUAAAUAAAUCAUUUGACAUUACAGUUCGUUA